AUGGCUUCCUGCCGUGCGUGUGACCUCAGGGUGCUGACAGCCGUUGUGUGUGGACUGCUGACGACCAUCGUUUUGGGACUGGGCAUCUGGAUGACUGUGCUUAAGAUCCAGAGAGAACUAUCAACCUCCUCACCAAGCAUCCCUGUAGGGUUCUGCAGGAAUGGUGGAACGUGGGAAAAUGGCAGAUGCAUUUGUCCAGAGUUAUGGAAAGGACGGAGAUGUACAAUCGCUAAUUUCUGUGAAAAGAGUACCUAUGAGAAUUUAACUUUUGAUAAAAUUCCAGUGGGAAAAUAUGGAUCUUCCCAGCAAAGAUGUGAUAAGGACACUUUGAAUGCGGGCAAUCCAAUAGCAACCCGGCUAUGCAAUAUUACCAUAUAUGGAGAGAUAGAAUUACAAAAUGUGACAAUAGGAAAUUGCAAUGUAACUCUGGAAACGCUGGAAAAGCAGAUAGUCAAUAUCUCAACACAGUCUCUGAGUAUUUCGACUGAAGCUCAGAUUUUAACAUCUGAUGUCAAUAGAGUAACUCCAGAGGGCAUCAUUUCUGCCACUAGAGUGGUCGGGCAGAUCUUCAACUCAAGCAGAAAUGCUCUACCUGAGGCAAAAGUAAUUGCUGUAACAACAGUGAGUCAACUUCUAGAUGCCCGGGAACAAGUUUUUCAGGAAGCUGCUGCUACUGCCUCUGAUAAUGACACCUUUACGACACUUAUUAAGCAAAUGGAGAUUUAUUCUACGUCUUCGGGUAACAUGUCAGUGGUGAAACCUAAUGUGGCGGUAGAGUCUAUGGCUUUCUCUUCAGAAAGCACUAUGGAAUCUCUAAACGUUCGCUUCUCUGUGAAGAAAGGAACUAGUGAUUAUCUCCUUCCUGGUUCCACGGUUGUGGAGAGAGAUGUGGACAAACUUAAUCCAGAUAGGGAGACUGAACUUCAAAUAUUGCUCAGUACCUCAAAAAGUAACACAACGGCAUGCGGCUUUGUAGUGUAUCAAAACAACAAGCUUUUCCAAUCAAAAAGUUUCAAAGCUAAAUCAAAUUUUAGUCAAAAAGUUAUCUCAAGCAGUACUGAUAAAAAUAACAGUCAGGGAGCUUCUGUUGACAUUGUCUUUAAGCCAAAGUACGACCUAAAAGAAUUCCAGCUCCAUUCCUAUGCCUGUGUCUAUUGGAAUCUGUUAACAAAGGAUUGGGACACAGAUGGGUGUCACAAAAAUGGGAGCACGGAUGAAUUCUUGUACUGCCACUGCAACCAUACUACUAAUUUUGCUGUAUUAAUGAGUUUCAAAAAGAAUUAUAAAUAUCCUGAAUCACUAAACGUAUUAUCCAGCGUUGGAUGUGCGCUGUCCAUUACCGGUCUGGCUCUCACAAUUAUAUUUCAGAUUGUCACCAGGAACGUCAGAAAAACUUCAGUAACCUGGGUGUUGGUCAGUCUGUGCACAUCAAUGUUGAUUUUUAACCUCCUCUUUGUGUUUGGAAUUGAAAACUCCAAUAAGAACCUAAAGAAAAGCGAUAGUAGCACCAAUAAGCCUGACUCUGGUAGAAAUGAAAUGCUCAUGCAAGACACUGUUGACAUCCAGAAUCCCACAUGCACUGUGGUUGCUGCCUUGUUGCACUAUUUCCUGUUAGUGACAUUUACCUGGACUGGACUCAGUGCUGCCCAGCUCUAUUUCCUUCUUAUUAGGACCAUGAAGCCUCUUCCUCAACAUUUCAUUCUGUUCAUCUCUUUAAUUGGAUGGGGAGUCCCGGCUGUAGUGGUGGUUGUGACAGUGGGAAUUAUUUUUUCUCAGAAUGAUUCACAAUGGGAGUUAGUCUACCGACAAGAAGAAAUCUGCUGGCUGGCAGUUUCAGAAAAAAAUGGUCAUAUAACAAGUCCAUUGUUGUGGUCAUUCAUGAUACCUAUCACCAUUAUCCUCAUCAACAAUAUUGUUAUAUUUAUUAUCAUUAUAGUCAAAGUGAUAUGGAAUACUAACCAGAAUCUGACAAGCACAAAAAAGGUUUCAUUCCUAAAGAAGAUUCUUAGUACAUUAUCUAUCACAGUUGUUUUUGGAGUUACCUGGAUUCUGGCAUACUUUAUGCUAAUUGGUAAUGAUGACAUCAGGCUUAUCUUCAACUACAUGUUCUGCCUUUUUAACACUACUCAGGGAUUACAAAUUUUUAUCCUCUACACUGUCAAAACAAAAAUCUUCCAGAGAGAAGCUUCCAAAGUGUUGAAGUCGCUGUCGCAGUCCAAGGGGAGAGUGAGGUUGCCGCCCUCAGUGGCUUGCCUGAGGCUGCGUGUAAGGAUGUAUAACAUGCUCAGGUCGUUUCCAGCCCUAAGUGAACGCUUCAGGCUGCUGGAGCCAUCUGUAAUUGUAGAAGAGACGACAUUCUCUGAAAGUGACCAAGCAGACUCAAGCGUCUAG